AUGGUUGACGUGGCCAAGCUCCUCUGGAUCACAGAGGCCGACGUGAAGCAGCAGGAAGAGAGGCGCUUGUGUGAGAAGCACAGCCAGGCCCUGACCCUCGUCUGGCCACACGUGAGGCCCGUGGAGGAGGCUGCCUCUCAUCACAGGCAAAAGCUCAGAAGUUACAUUGAGCCCCUGAAGGAGCAGCUGGCAGACCUUCAGAAACUAUUAGCCACACAAGACAGGCAACGAUCAGAACUGAGGGAAAAGGUGGAAAAGUGGAGAGUGAAGUUAGCCUCUGAAUAUGAGAGUGUGAUAGCAUCCAUAGAGUGUGAGCAAGCGGCAGUUCACUCAAGACUAGCUGCACAAGAGAAGCACAUUCUACGGAAUCUCACUGCAAACAAAGCUGCAUUUUCAGACCACAUUUCCAAACUUAGAGUUCUACGAAAGGAGAUGGCAGAGACUAGUGUGGUGUCAGAUGUGAAACUGCUGAUGAACAUCAAGGGUGUCCUCCACCGUUGUGAUAACCUAGAACCUCCAGGUGUCUAUUGUGUCAAGUAUAAGAGAGAAGAAUUCAGUCUUCCUCCACAGUGUUCGGCCCUGCUGCAAAUCAUGCAGACAUUUAGAGAAGAAGUUACUCUGGAUCCCGAAACUGCACAUGCUAAUCUGCUUGUGUCUGAGGAUAAAAAGUCUGUGACAUUUGUGAAGAAAAAGCAAGGGGUUCAUCAGAAUCCAAAGGGAUUUGCAGACGAUGCAGUUGUCCUGGGUUCUGAAGGGUUUGACUGUGGCCGACAUUACUGGGAGGUCCAGGUGGAUGACAAGCCUGAGUGGGCCGUGGGGGUCUGUAAAGACUCCCUUUCCAAGGAGAGAAAGCAGCCCCUGCUCAGACAGGAGAAGAGAUGUUGGACGAUUCAGCUGCAGGAUGGUGACUGUGGCUCAAGGGCCUGUUCCUGUCACCCUUGUGCUGCAGGAAAUGCCCAGAGGGAUUGGCAUCUACCUGGACUCUGA